UGUACGCAGAAAAUUAAAUAUUUUGUGUACCUAUUAAAAUUGUAACGUUAGGGUUCUUUUAUAUUUUAAACAUUUUUUAAAACUUUAAUAUUAAUACCAACACUACAACCAACUACACUAACUACACUAAUAUAAAUAACAAAGAUGACAUGUUGUGCAGUAGUCGCAUUAUCUAAUAAUUGGACAUUUUGGUACAAAGAUAAGUGCCCAGAGGACGAGGAUUGGAGAAUGAACUUCCAGAAGUUAUUCGAAGUGUCGACGGCUACGCAAUUUCUCGAGGCUUACAAUUUAACAAAACUGCCCUCUGGUUUGCCGCUAGGGGCAAGUUAUUAUUUUUUCAAAAAGGGAAUACAACCUAUGUGGGAAGAAGAACCGAAUAGAGGCGCGGGAGCUUGGAUCAUUCAGGUCGAAAAUCAGAUAAAUAAUGAUUUAAACUUGAUUUGGUCAGAUUUGUUGUUUACACUUAUCAGUGGCGGGUUUAAAGAGUUGUCGUGUUAUUUAUGUGGCAUCACGUGUAACGUGAAACACGAAAAAAUGAAAAAAGUUGCAAUAUGGACAGUUAAGACUACGUUGGAAAACUAUGAACAUAUAAUGAAGAUUGGAAAAAUUCUGCAAAUGCUCAAACUAAACGUUUACGAAAUAAAAUCGUUAAAAUAUAAAUUACAUAACAGAUUGUCAAAUAAUUUUGACUAUAUGUUAUAAGUUUUAAAAUUAUGUACUAAAUACAAAUAUGUUUUGAGUUUAUUUGUACGCGUGACAUCUUUAAGUUUUAAUUGAUUUAAAUGCAUUUAAUUUUGUAUACGAAACUACAACUCAAAAGGAAUUUUGUAUUAAUUGAAAUUAUUAUUAUUAUUGUC